AUAGGAACCGUGUUUUGAUAUUUAUAUUAAUCAGCUGACUGGCAUAUUAUCACAGACUAUUAUUCCCAUAUCAGACGUAAGUACGUAUUUUCAAGCAGUAUAAAGUAUUAACUAUAAAGUAUUGCAGUCUGCAGUGAAAUCAGUCGACACUCCACACAAAUUUCUAUAUAAUAUUUAAAUAAAUAAUAGGUAUUAGUACAUAAUAAAUUAUAAUUUAUACCAUAGAAUUCUGUGAUUUUCAACGUAAACUGGCUAAAAAAAUUUUUUAUACGAAAAUGGUAGCCUGUACCAUUGCCAUAAAAAAAUCAAAGUAAUUAUUUGAACAACAACAAUAUUAUGUAUUGUAAUUUUUAAGUUUCGUUGAGCGUAGCCUUUGCAAAAUAUGUCUUUCAAAUAGACUUUUCAUCUUUGCAUUGUACUGUAAUUGGAUUCAAUAGUAUGAAAACUUUAAUGUUCAGCUGUGGCCCAUACUGCACGUCAUCAGUUGUUUGACAACAAAAAUUGUAUGAGAAAUGUAUUGUGCCAAUGGCUUCAGGAAGCUGUGUGUUCAAACGCGCAGUUUGCACAUGCACCCGUAUGGAAAAUGUAAGCGAUUUUCGUACACCUAUCGCAUGCCUGCCACCGUCCAUUGGUACCGGUCUCCACUUGUGGUCAAUGGUGGAACUAGUCAUCUGCAGUCAUGCAAAAAGUAUUUCAGUGUUUCAACUGCCAACCGCCUUCCAUUCCCUCCAAUAGCAGCAAUAGUGUUGCGUCCAGUUGCCAAAUUUUUUGCUAUGAUGUUAGGAAUACGAAUACGCCGCUGGUGGACAAAGCUGAGUGCAAAAGAGAAACAACAGUUCUGGUACAACGUACACAAACGUCGGAAGCAAAUAACUGCUGCCAUAGCUAGUGCCAUUGGUUUGUUUCUCGUGUACUGUGCUGCUCACAUGGAGUUCGACCCAAUAACUGGUAGACGUCGGUUAAUUCUUUUUACACAUCAACAAAUGGAAGAGUUGGCGAAUUCAAUUGCCAAAGAAUUGUUGAGUGAAAACCAACAAGCUGUGUUAAAUACAUCACAUCCUCUUUACAAGCGAGCUUUAUCCAUAGCAAUGCUGGUAAUCAAAGCCAAUAAGCCAUUUGACCUCUUAAAAAAUCGAAAAUGGUCUCUGGUAGUUGUCAACGAUCCAAGAAUUAACGCUAUGGUUUUGCCAAAUGGCAUGAUAAUAGUCUUCACAGGGUUACUAUAUGCAGCUAAUGACCAACAAGUAGGUGUUGUCUUGUCACAUGAAAUUGCUCAUUGUUUUCUUGAUCAUCAUGCAGUACGUUUGAGUAGAGAACAUUUACUUGAAAUACUUUGGCUUAUACCGCUGACCAUAAUGUGGGCUGUGUUUCCAAUGCCAGAAGCUAUUUUGUGUUACGUAUUCGGUCAUUAUUUUAAAAGUAUAGCAAUGUUAUUGCCCUAUGAACGUGACCAGGAAAUCGAGGCUGACAAGUAUGGCUUGAUGCUAGCAGCCAAUGCGUGUAUUGAUGUUCGUCAGGCGCCAAUUUUCUGGAAGCGAAUGGAAAAGCUAGAUCCAAAUAAUAACGAAACAUGGUGGUUGUCCACACAUCCGACUCACAGCAAACGUGUCAAAUAUAUUGAAGACCUUUUACCGUAUGCAUUACAAUUAAGACAACAAAAUGGAUGUCCGUCCUUAGAUAGAAGUUACUGGUCAAGAUUCUCAUUGUUUUAACAAUUAAAAAUUUUUGUCCAAAAAUUAUAAAUUGCUUAUAACAAUAAUAUGGUGCUUUUUAUUAUAUACAUUGAUAAACACAAUGUUGUCAUGAAUUAUGAUCUUAGUAUUCUGAUAAUUCAUUUGUAUUCAUAAUUUAAACUAAUGUUACCAUAA